AUCCUUCCAUCAAAAAUUAAUUAUAAUUUAAAUGAAUUAAAUUGGGAUUAGGAAGUUGAGACCCUGAAUCCCGAAUCAAGUUAAACAUAACGGAGCGUGUCCUUUCGGGGUGAGGUCGUCCAUAUUUAAGCCGGUUUUGUCCCCUUUCGGUUAUGAUAAUUUCCCGCGUCCCUGUCCCUCAUUUCCCGCUGUGAAAUUCCUAAAACCCUAACAAUCAUGGGAAAGAAGCAGCAACUCGCCGGCGUUCCGGCUGCCGACCCCGGGAAGAGAAGGCGUGUGGGCUUCUCCGAAAUAGAUGCUGGGGUUGAGGCCAAGGACUGCAUUAAGAUCUAUCUGGUUUCUAAUGAGGAGGAAGUGGGUGCUUUAGACGGGAUUUGCUUAGAGCCAAUUGACUUGAAUGGCUUUUUCGAUGAAGAUGGGAAAAUUUACGGAUAUCAAGGAUUGAAGAUAACAAUCUGGGUUAGCGGCGUGUCAUUUUGCUCAUAUGCUGAUAUUACAUUUCAGAGCACAUCAGAUGGAGGUAAAGGAAUCACGGAUCUUAAAUCUGCUCUUCAGGAAAUAUUUGCUGAGACACUUGUUGAGAAUAAAGAUGACUUCCUCAAAUCAUUUUCUGCUGAGAGUCAUUACAUGAGCUCCAUCGUAUCCACUGGGGAGAUAUUGCAGCUAAAAGUCUCCAAUGGACACACUGGUGAUUCUGAUAACGUGGAAGCUACUUCCGAUGUUGAGGUUUUCCGCAUGGGCAUAAACAAUGCAGCUACAGGAUACCUUUACAGCCGCUUGAUACCUCUUGUUCUUCUGCUUGUUGAUGGUAGCAAUCCAAUCGAUGUCACAGAUCCAGGAUGGGAGUUAUAUGUCCUCACUCAUAAGAAGGUAGAUCCGCAGGUUGGCACUCAGCAUAGGCUACUUGGUUUUACGGCUGUAUAUCGUUUUUACCAUUGCCCUGAAAGCUCACGCCUGCGACUCAGUCAGAUUCUUGUAUUGCCUCCUUACCAAUGCAAGGGUCAUGGAGCUCGUCUUGUAGAGGUUGUGAACAAUGUGGCAAUAUCUGAAGAUGUUUACGACUUGACAGUUGAAGAGCCGUUGGAUCGCUUCCAGCAUGUGCGCACUUGUGUUGACAUAAGGCGACUACUUGCUUUUGAGCCCAUCCAGAAUGCAGUUACUUCAGUGGUUUCCCAGCUGAAGCAAGAAAACUUAUCAAAGAAAACGUACUCCCCUCGAUUCGUGCCACCUUCGACUGUUAUUGAUGAUGUUAGGAAACACUUGAAGAUUAACAGGAAACAGUUUCUGCAAUGUUGGGAGAUCCUGAUCUAUCUUGGCCUCGAUCCGAUUGACAAGCACAUAGAGGACUACGUUAGAAUAAUUUCAAAUCGCAUAAAAGGGGAAACCUUGGGGAAAGAUUCUGAGAAUGCGGGGAAGCGAGUAGUUGACGUCCCUUGUGAUUAUAACCCCGAAAUGUCAUUUGUCAUGUUCAGGUCACGGGAUGGUGAAGAUGGUACUGUAAAGAUAGAUGAGAAUCAUACAAAUCAAGCAGAACAACUGCAGCAAUUGGUCGACGAAAGGGUCAGAGAGAUCAAGCUAAUUGCAGCAAAGGUGUCCCAAUGAAAUAUGUGAAGCAUUGUUGAGACUUUUACUGGACCGUGGUCUAUAUAUCAUCUCUCUAUCUGUAAGAUGAAUCUUUCGAUCGAUCGGUUGAAUCUUCCAUGUUUACUUCAAAUGGUACUGUUAAUUGAUAGGUAAAGUUUGGGAGUUGCAUGAAUUCAUUGCUAAUUUCAUGAGGUAAGCAUGUCUUAACAUUCAGUGGUGAAUAUACCUUAAUAUAGUGA